GUUCGGAGUGGCGAUAAAUCCCGCAGUGGCCGACGGGAACCUUACAGAACCGCGAGUCACCGUGCUUUCGUGGAAACCAAGGGCUUUCCUCUACCGCAAUUUUCUGACGCCAGAGGAGUGCGACCACAUCAUAUCCCUGGCUCGGCCGCGCCUGGAGCGGUCGGAGGUGGUGGCUCGGGAGGGCGAGGGCACGAACGUGGAUGACGUGCGAACGAGCUUCGGCACGUUCCUGGACUACCAGCAGGAUGACGUCAUCAAGGCCAUUGAGCAGCGCUUGGCCGCCUGGACCUUCCUCCCUGUUGAGAACCAGGAGGCGAUGCAGGUGCUGCGGUACCAGGAGGGGCAGAAGUACGAGGCACACCACGACUUCUUUGAGAAGGAGGGGCAGCAGGGCGGCCACCGCUAUGCCACGGUGCUCAUGUACCUUACAGAGGGGCUGAUGGGGGGCGAAACCGUGUUUCCAGAUGCUAAGGACCCUGUGGAGAAGGACGACACGUGGUCGGAGUGCGGCAAGCAGGGUGUGGCAGCCAAGCCAAUCAAAGGCGAUGCGCUCCUCUUCUUCUCCCUCACCCCGUCCGCCGAGCUCGACCUCAAAUCCCUUCACGCUGGCUGCCCGGUAAUUUCCGGCGAAAAAUGGUCCGCAACAAAGUGGAUCCAUGUGGAUGCCUUCUACACCCCCUCUGGAGCCCCGGCUGUAGCACCCCCCUCGGAUGGGUCAUGUGAGGCAUCACAAUGUCUGCCUUUUACGUAG